CGCUGAAGGCCCUCGUCCUGCCGCCCUCCAGCAGUAGACCCAAAGGAGUGCUUUGAUUAAAUAAGUCUCAGCUCCUACGGAACCUGCAGGGGACUCUCCCGGCAAGGACAGGGGCCCCUGAACGCCGCUACUCCAUUGCUAGAUCCGCCUUUUCUUAUUGACCUUUUACAAUAAGACAAAAAUGCUUAUGCGAAAGCUGGCUUCGAUUCCGGCCUGCACCGGCCGGAACCCUUUGCCGGUCGUGCCGAGUGUCGCGCCUCGCGCGCGACAGCUGACCGCUGCUGCUCCUGUGGCAUCGAGAGUACACCAACAGCUCCUAGCUCCUGCUCGUGCGGGGCCUCCAGCGCUUGUGUAUGCGGAGGGCUACAAGGAGGUCGAGGAGCUUGCAGGCGCGCGCGUCGUGGUGGAGUCGGAUCCCCCGCGCGUCGAGUACCUAGUGAAAUGGAAGGACGGAUCUGACAGCACCUGGGAGGUGGCUGCGGACCUGUCCGAGGACCUGGUGCGCGACUUCGAGGAGAAGUGGUGGGCGGCGGCACGCAAGGCUGACGUGGAUGCCAUGAUCAAGAUGCUGGGCGGCGGCCGCGAGCUGCUGGCGCACGUGGUGGACGAGAACAGGCGCAGCGCGCUCCACUUCGCCGCCGCGCUGGGCUCCGCCGAGUGCACACGGCUGCUGGUGGAGGCGGGGGCGGAGCUGGACCUGCAGGACAAGGAGGGCUACACGCCUCUUCACAUGGCCGCCGGCUACAUGCACACGCCCUCCAUGGCGGUGCUGCUGGAGGCGGGCGCCAACCCCGAGAUAAAGGACAACACAGGCCGCGACGUGGUGAACCUGAUUGAGAACCUGCGGGCCUCCAUGCCGCUGUCCAUGGGCAGUGUGCAGCGCAUCCUGCAGCUGGAGGAGGUCAAGAACUGCCUCACGGACAGGCUGUACGACGAGGUGGAGCCGGGCAACGUGCUCAACUGCCGCGCCACGCCCGACGGCACCGGCCGCGAGUUCCUGGUGUCGUUCGGCGACGGCCGCGACGACGAGUGGGUGCCGGAGCGCAACGUGUCUGCGGACGUGCUGGAGGACUACCUGGCGGGGCUGGAGUACGCGGUGGCGGAGGAGGUGCUGGACGUGGUGCAGGUGCGCACGGAGCGGCGGUUCAAAAUCCGCUGGUCGGACGGCUACCCGACCUCCUGGGAGCCCGAGGAGCACGUGCCGCCCGAGCUGAUCCAGCUCUUCGCCGCGCAGCAUCCCGAGCUGUUCGCGGCGCGCACCAGCGCAGAGGCGGCCGCCGCGCCCGACGGCUGGGCGCAGGUGGAGUACGAGACGCAGUCGUCCCCGGUGGCGGCGUACGCGCAGCCGGCGGCGGCGUCAGGCAACGGCGCGGCGGGCAACGGCGCGAGCGGGAGCAACGGGAGCAGCGAGAGCAGCGGGAGCGGGAAUGGGAUAGGGUCAUCGCAGCGUGAGGCGGUGGGUGCCGCGAGGUAGAGGGCAGGUCCGGGGCCUGGGGGCUGAGGGCUGAGGGCUGGGGCCGGGGGGUGGGGAGCUUGGUGGCUGAGGUGAGGGGCGGGGGCUGGAGAUGGCGAUGGAGUGAGGCGGACAAGCUGUGUGUGUAUGGGCAUAUCAUUACUGCAGUACGGUAUGUGUGUUGGCUAGGUCACAACGGCUGCCGGGAUGAGGCGGCGGCGGUGCGGGCGCGGGGUUUCACAGCUUGUCACUUGCGCCUGCAGGACGGGGGGGGGGGCGAGUGGCACGGACGUUGACGCGGAUGGCCGACGGCGCUAGAUUGUCGAGUGCAGAGACUGUUUCGAACGACGGGCGAGUCAGUUGUGCGUGGCAAAGGCCAAUCGCGCGUGCACUGGGUUAGGCAGGGCGACUGCACGAGCACACAUCGGCGACUGCUACUUCGGUGUGUACAUGCGGGCGGGCUGCACGCACCUGCAGCCGGGAGUAGGUGCGACGAGGCUGGACAGGGCUGGACGCCAUUUGAGAAGAUAUUUGAAUCAUCACACUGACAGAUAGGCUGAUGGAGUGACGAGGUGGUGACCCGGAUGCGCAAGUAGCUUGCGCCGAUGGCGGCCGACAGCGCCGGCCGACAGCGGGUGGGCAGACAGUCCCCGGGGGCAGUCCGGCGGCGGCGCAGCGCUGUGUGUGUAUACGGUAUGUGUAUAGCUUCUGUAGUUCUGUAGACUGGUGCGCAAGCGUGCGCAGCUUUAAGUGCUGGAGAUAAGCUGACGGGGGCGAGGGGGCUGACCGCUGACGAGGCCCCGGGGACACGGCGAUUGCUAUGCCGAGGCCGCUUGCGCUUCCCUGAGCUGCGC